UCUUCAUCUCCUAUUCUCUAUAUAUUUCUAACCCUUUCUAGCUCCGAGUAAUUAUUUUUAGUAAUACUUGUUUAUGAUUUAUGGGUGACUCUUCUGUUUCAUAUAUCCACAUGGUGCACCAUCUUAUAGAAGAGUGUUUGAUAUUCAACAUGAGCAAAGAAGAGUGCAUGGAAGCUCUGUCUAAGCAUGCAGAUAUUAAACCAGUGAUUACUUCAACAGUUUGGAAUGAGUUGGAGAAAGAGAAUAAAGAGUUCUUUGAGGCUUACACAAGGGGAAGAGACCAGAGAGCAACUGAAAUAAAGAAAAGGCAAAGGAUCCAGAGCAGGCUUAAUGCUUCCAUAAGAGAGAAUAAUAUUAUUGAGAAUGGCAAGAGUUGUUUAAAGUAGUUUAGCUUGAUUAGUUCAUUUGCUCUUCCCACAUGUAGUAGCAUGUAGUAGACAAUAUCAUCGUAGAAGUCCCGAAGCAUAUGGUCCAGAUUCCAGAAUUUCAGUUCCUACUGGACUUUGCCUUUGGUACAAAAGGAUCCUACAAAUAAGAUAAAGAAAAAUGACGAGAACGACGACAGCAGAGGGUGCAGAUUCCAGAAAAUGAAGUGAUGAAUGAUGAAGAAACAAAUAGCAAAAAUUGUGAGAAACAGUAGCUGGGAAAGGGGGCCGCACUCCUCUU